CGGAGGUACAGGCGCGCCGACUUUGCCACCCAGGGCUCCGGGUGGCAACGUCGCGUUGAACGGCGUUCACGGGCCCGGCGCGUCUUGAUUUGGAAGAAGCACCUAAUAGGAAUGGAGCCGUCUAGCUCGGAAGAGGUUGGCCUGGAGCAGGGCGAGGCCCGCAAGGAUUUGGACAUAACUGAGACGGUUUUGAAGAAGGGGACGCUGUCGCUGUCAUCUGAUGAGGCCGUAAUAGUAAGGGCGGCACUUGCGAGGGCCGGCGGCGUUGUGCAGCUGGACAUGCCGGGCAUGCCUAAAGCCUCAUGCCUCGCGGCACGAGUCGAGGAGGAGCAGCGGUGGAGGAGGGAUCCUUCCAAGGCCGCCCACCGCGGGUGCCCCCCAAGGUUCCUACUGGCGCUGGGCGAGAAGUGGAGGCGUCACGGCCGGGAGGAGCUCGCAAGGGAGCUAAGAAGGGCCAGGGAACGGGGGGACAAGUUGACGCUUUUCGCCGGCAUCGCGGAUAAGCUGGUACGGCUGGAGCUGCCACCCAUGGCCAGGCCCCAGGCAAUGGGCGAUGAGGUGGGGGAUGUGGCGCCGGACGUGGAGGAGAGCAUCAUGGGCAUGGUGGAGGACAACGAGAUCGUGUCCCUGUCCGCGAUCCUGGAGCUGAAGGGCGCGUGCCUGGAGGAGGGGGAGUCCGGUGGUGUGGAGGAUGGGCGGCCAGCUUCAUCGACUACGGCAGCAGCCGCGGUGGAGGGCACUGCGGUGGCUGCACCACCAUUGAAUGUGGUGACGCCAAAGGAGGGAAUGGCUGAUGUGGAAGCAGCAAGCAGUGGUGCUGGUGCUGCCCGCUCUGGCACUGAUGUUGUGACAGACCUGCCGGAGCCCGGGGUUGCUGCUGGAGAGCUAACCGAUGGCACCUUGCUAAGGGAGCUGUACAUCGCCCUGCGAGUCCCCGAUGCCCUCCGCGACCUACUGCGAGGCAACGUGCGGCAACUGCGGCCGAACGUGCUCGACGCGUGCAAUGCGCGCGCCAAAGCUCGUGCGGCGUUGGACCUGGAGGCGCAAUCUGCGGGGAGACCCCGCACAUCAGCGGAGCUAGCGCUGACCGUGUACUGGGACAUGACGGGCAGGGCAUGCCUGUUCUGGAUUGACAUGACGGGGACUGACGGCGUGUUCAACCCAGUCCUCCUGGUCCUGUAUGUGCCGGGGCCGGUGAUGCAGAGCAAGUACCCGGUGUUGGUGCGAGCGGCGCGCAACAUGCAGCGGCGCCUGAUGGAGGCGCAGACGCUGAAGAAGGUCCCCCGUGGUCGGCUGAAAGAGUGUGGCGGCGAAACUCACAUGGCAGGCUACCGGCAUGUGCAGACCAACAAGGCGAGCCGCGUGACCAUGUAUGCGCACACAUCGAGGAGCCACGAAGCGCGGGUGGUCAUUGGUGCGUUCGGCCUGUGCAUCGCCAUGCUGCUGCUGGCGAUGUGGGACUACCUCGUGACGAGCGCGAAGGAGACCGUCGCGGGUACGCCUGCAAUCCUGGCGACAGGGGCGCCAUGGGGCCUGGUUCCGGUCGGGCUGGACUACUUCACACACCCGCAUCUGGACCCGGACGACGCAACGCCAACUGUCGUGUUCCUGGCUCUGUGGAAGUCGGCAACAGGGCGCCGGUGCAAGGACUUCCUGGACGAUGUGGAGCGUGCGGCGCAUGUCAGCCGCAACCUGUUCACAUUUGGUGGGGUCAGCGCCUACACCCGCACCCAGGACAGCGACCUGCUGGUGUUCGACGCGCGGCAGGUGGUGCACGGUGCUGACUUGCGUGUGCCACUUAACGCUAAAUUCGAUGAGGCGGGCGUGCCGUGCGGCGUGACGGUGGGCUCUGGCGUUGUGUCACGCCAGUCUGAUGUGAAAGUGGGGAGGGCCGAGGCGCGCGGGCGGUUGGAGUUGGCGGCGGAGGGCAAGACCGCAUCUCAGCAUGUCAUGUGCAAGCGCGGUGAGGAGUUUGAGGCGGAGAUCCUGCGCAUGGCCGCAAGCGCGGGGUGUGAAGCCGAGGCUGGAUGUCAUCCGCCAUCCCAGAAGCGGGCUGCGGGUGCGGCCCUGCCACAGUCAGCUAUCAAGGGCCGCCGGGCGCAGGGCAGUGGUGGGAAGUGCUGAGCGGGCGGAUCAGCCAUGCACGGCUGGUCGCAAGCAUGUAUCGUUGUUGUUAUGAGUUCCAUAGGUAAACAAACAAGAGGCCGGUAGAUCAAUACUGUACUGAUGGGAAACUUGUGUCUCAGAUGCUGGGAAGCUUCCGGUGCAGGGCUGCGUGCGCUGUCGGCAGCCGGGAAGAUUUCUUUAGUGGAACGGCGGGAAGGGGGCUGGGGCUGCAUCGUCAUACGGCACCGGUGCAGGGCUGCGUGCGCUGUCGGCAGCCGGGAAGUUUUCUUUAGUGGAAAGGCGGGAAGGGGGCUGGGGCUGCAUCGUCAUACGGCACCGGUGCAGGGCUGCGUGCGCUGUCGGCAGCCGGGAAGUUUUCUUGACUGGAAAGGCGGGAAGGGGGCAGGGGCUGCAUCGUCAUACAGCACCGGUGCAGGGCUGCGUGCGCUGUCGGCAGCCGGGAAGAUUUCUUUAGUGGAAAGGCGGGAAGGGGGCUGACGCUGCAUCGUCAUACGACGGCACCGGUGCAGGGCUGCGUGCGCUGUCGGCAGCCGGGAAGAUUUCUUUAGUGGAAAGGCGGGAAGGGGGCUGGGGCUGCAUCGUCAUACGGCACCGGUGCAGGGCUGCGUGCGCUGUCGGCAGCCGGGAAGUUUUCUUUAGUGGAAAGGCGGGAAGGGGGCUGGGGCUGCAUCGUCAUACGGCACCGGUGCAGGGCUGCGUGCGCUGUCGGCAGCCGGGAAGUUUUCUUGACUGGAAAGGCGGGAAGGGGGCAGGGGCUGCAUCGUCAUACAGCACCGGUGCAGGGCUGCGUGUGCUGUCGGCAGCCGGGAAGAUUUCUUUAGUGGAAAGGCGGGAAGGGGGCUGAGGCUGCAUCGUCAUACGGCACCGGUGCAGGGCUGCGUGCGCUGUCGGCAGCCGGGAAGAUUUCUUUAGUGGAACGGCGGGAAGGGGGCUGGGGCUGCAGCGUCAUACGGCACCGGUGCAGGGCUGCGUGCGCUGUCGGCAGCCGGGAAGUUUUCUUUAGUGGAAAGGCGGGAAGGGGGCAGGGGCUGCAUCGUCAUACGGCACCGGUCCAGGGCUGCGUGCGCUGUCGGCAGCCGGGAAGAUUUCUUUAGUGGAACGGCGGGAAGGGGGCUGGGGCUGCAUCGUCAUACGGCACCGGUGCAGGGCUGCGUGCGCUGUCGGCAGCCGGGAAGUUUUCUUUAAAGGCGGGAAGGGGGCUGACGCUGCAUCGUCAUACGACGGCACCGGUGCAGGGCUGCGUGCGCUGUCGGCAGCCGGGAAGUUUUCUUGACUGGAACGGCGGGAAGGGGGCUGGGGCUGCAUCGUCAUAUGGCACCGGUCCAGGGCUGCGUGCGCUGUCGGCAGCCGGGAAGAUUUCUUUAGUGGAAAGGCGGGAAGGGGGCUGGGGCUGCAUCGUCAUACAGCACCGGUGCAGGGCUGCGUGCGCUGUCGGCAGCCGGGAAGUUUUCUUUAGUGGAACG